UGCUGAGAAAAUGGUGGGAGGGACUUACUGCACAAAUGACGCAGUUAAGGGAGUUUUAAUCAUACAGCGCAUUUCACAGAGGUGUUACAUCAAGGACGUGAUAUCAACUUUAUCCGCAAUUCCUACGGACCAUCUGUACAGGCAAAUCUGACAAUAAAGGGGCUCAACCAGGAACCAUAAUGGCAGUUGAAGGAGGGGCUAAGUGCAUUAAAUACCUACUGUUCUUUUUCAACUUCCUCUUCUGGAUAUGUGGCCUGGCCCUGAUUAUACUGGGCGUCCUAGCUCAGCUGGCCUUGAAUAACACCCUUGCGAUUGAGAAGGCAUCCGUCUCAGCCGUACCCCUGGUCGUCAUCGUGGUGGGCGUGAUCGUCUUCUUCAUCGCCUUCUUCGGGUGCUGUGGGGCCUUUAGGGAGAGCCACUGCAUGAUCACCACGUUCUCUGUCCUCCUCAGUUUCAUUGUCCUCAUUCAGAUCGGCGCUGCCAUCGCUGGUUAUAUCUAUCGGGGCAAACUAAAUGAAAUUGUGGAUUCCGAUCUCAAAGAUAUGGUUAGCAAGUACACCAACAGUUCUGCAGAAUUCAAGAAAGCUGUGGACGAAAUGCAGAAGGACCUGAAGUGCUGCGGGAUGAAUUCUUCUGCUGAUUGGACGAGCUUCGGGCCAGAUGGAACGUCUGUUCCCGACUCGUGCUGUAUCAAACAGACCCUGGGCUGUGGAAAAGGAGCCAUGCAGGAUGCUGACAAAGUGUACCAAAAGGGAUGCCUCUCUUUUGUCAAAGACUACCUGAGGAAGAAUGUGCAGCUGGUCAUAGUAGCCGCUGUAGUGAUUGCUUUCUUGCAGGUGCUGGGGAUCGUGUUUGCCUGCAUUCUUAUGAAGAGCAUUCGCAGUGGCUAUCAGGUCAUGUGAUUGGGGCGAAGCACCCAGCGACUGAGAAUGCACAUCAGAACAUUUAUUUAGAUUUAACUGUUUUUAAAGGAUAGUGAUUUUUCAUUUUUUUCAUUUUCCCUUUGUUGUACCAUAAAAUAUAAAAAUUUAAGAACAAAUAGUUUGUAUUUGGAAAGCAGAGGAGUAAUGUGUCUUCUUUAAUCCAGUAGGUGAACAAAUAGCUGAGUAGGGAAGUACCUAUAGGGGGCGACAUAGCUCAGGAGGUAAGAGCGGUUGUCUGGCAAUCGAAGGGUUGCCGGUUCGAUCCCCGUUCGAUCCCCGCCCUGGGCGUGUCGAAGUGUCCCUGAGCAAGACACCUAACCCCUAACUGCUCUGGUGAAUGAGAAGCAUCAACUGUAAAGCGCUUUGGAUAAAAGCGCUAUAAAAAUGCAGUCCAUUUACCUAUAGGCUGAAAUCCUCUGUAUCUCAAGCACACGUAGACUGCUAUUCUCUUCAGACUAGUCCGCUUCUCUUAUGCUAAAUUGAGCAUUAUGUUAUUCUUAGUUGGUUUUUUUUGUUGCCAGUUGUCUGUCAAGCUCAUCAGGUGUCUGGUACCGUCUGAAUAACUGUGUUGCAUUAAAUGUUACAGUCUAAAAUAAUCAAGUGCAGUUGUGAGAGAACAGAUCUGUUCACAUUGCCGUCCUUACAGACACCCCCUUCUAUGCACAUUAUCCCCAUUCUUAAGCAUUAUGUAUAAAUAAAUCAAACGAUGAAAUAUGAGUUUGAUUCAACCUAAUCAGAACUGUAAUUUGGUUACCAGUGGCUGCACUUCUUUCCACAAAACUUGUUCCCUGAUGGUUCUUAAUACAUUUUAUGAAUAAUCAAAGGAUGGAUGGUGUCUCUUUUUUAAAUACAGUAUUUUAUCACAGAA